AUGCCAGAGACAAAUACGGAACAAGACUUCAACCCUGAUGGUUCUCUUACAAUCAUGGGCCAAAAGAUUCCGCCCAAAUAUGUUCAAUCGCUACUAGCCUUCUAUGAAGCAGACCAUCAAUUGACUCCAAACGAAAGGAAAAUCCUUGCUGAAGAACUCUCAGGUGCAAGAAUGCUGCUGGUCUUCUCUGGGAUGCUAACAUCUGCCGUAGCGCUUUUUGCUCCAUCCAUGUGGAAGCAUUUCAAGCUACAGGCCGAGCUGAAAGUAUCGGGUGCUACGCUUCCAAAACGCCCUGUAUUUCAUCGACCAUUCAUGUCGGGCUUGUUUGCCACUGGUGCUUACUUCCUCACUCUAUACUACACAAGUAAAGUAGUCAGAGAUGGUAAAAUUGAGGAUUUGACCCGUGCUCAAAGUGAUGGUCUGUUGGGAGAAGAGACAAGAGAAUCCAAGAAAAGGCAGCUUGAUGUUUGGAAAGCUCUCAGCCCAGAAAGGCUUCCUCUUUUUGCAUACUAUUACCAGGACACUGUGAUUCAUCCAGCCAAUAUUAUGGUUGACCCAAGACAAUUGGCCCACAAAAAACCCCACGAACCAUCUUAUAUCCCUCCUGCGAAUGGAGUCAAGCCUGAAUCUGAACAAGCUGCCUCAUCAUCGUGGUCUCACGUCAGACAAGAAAAUGGGUUCUUUGACGCCAAAAAAGAAGACCCGAAAGAAACUGAAGGCUCGUCUGUCCAAGAUUUGUCCACUUCGAAGCACGAUACUAGUAGUGACUCGUUUUUUAAAGACAACAGCUCCAGUCAGGAUCAAGAGACAAAGCCAAUGAGUGCUUGGGAGCGUAUCAGAAAAGGAAGUAAAUGA